UGCAGCCCGUUUGGCUGCCGAGCGAACCUGCCUGCACUUGGGAAGACUCGCCAUGAGCAGGAGGAAGGUGACCCUCUGCAGCUGGCCGGGCCUGGCUGCUCUCCUGGCGCUUUUCCUGCUGGGGAUCUUGGUGGGUUGGUGUGUGAAAUCAGUCGAUAAAUCGACCGGCCAAGCUCCUGUCUUUCAAAAUGCAAGAAGGCAACUUCUCACAGAAAUGAAAGCCGAAAACAUCCGGGAAUUUCUGCGCUCUUUCACCAAGCUCCCACACGUGGCAGGAACAGAACAGAAUCUCCACCUGGCAAGACAAAUACAAGCACAGUGGAAGGAGUUUGGCUUGGAUACAGCGAAGCUGGUUCAUUAUGACGUCCUACUUUCCUACCCGAAUCAAAGCGCCCCCAACUAUGUCGCUGUCACCGAUGAACAGGGGAAUGAGAUUUUCAACACAUCAGUCUUUGAGCCCCCUCCUCCGGGAUAUGAAAAUGUCUCAGGGGUGCUGCCACCUUAUAAUGCUUUUUCAGCACAAGGCGUGCCGAUGGCAGAUCUGGUGUAUGCCAAUUAUGGCCGCACCGAAGACUUUUUCAAACUGGAGCGGGAGAUGAGAAUCAACUGUACAGGAAAGAUUGUCAUCGCCCGUUACGGGAAAAUAUUUAGAGGAAACAAAGUUAAAAAUGCCAUGUUAGCUGGAGCUAAAGGGAUUAUCCUUUACUCAGACCCUGCGGAUUACUGUGCACUGGGAGUCAACCCUUACCCAGAUGGGUGGAACCUUCCUGGGGCAGGAGUUCAGCGUGGGAAUGUGUUAAACCUCAACGGUGCAGGAGAUCCCUUGACUCCAGGGUAUCCAGCCAAAGAAUACACCUUCAGGUAUGAGGCUAGUGAUGGAGUAGGGAUUCCCAAAAUCCCAGUUCAUCCCAUUGGUUACCAUGAUGCUGAAAUACUAUUACGAUUCAUGGGCGGUGCUGCGGCUCCGGACGAGACUUGGAAGGGACAUCUCAACGUGUCCUAUAACGUCGGGCCUGGGUUUUCAGGUGCCCACGCCACGAGGAAAGUCAGAAUGCACAUCCACACAGUCAAUCAAGUUACGCGAAUAUAUAAUGUUAUUGGAACCAUCACAGGAGUUGUGGAACCUGAUCGGUAUGUCAUUUUCGGAGGCCAUAGAGACUCCUGGGUGUUUGGUGGUAUCGAUCCAACCACAGGAGCAGCUGUGCUUCAAACUGUUGCUCAGAGUUUUGGCAGCAUGGUGAUGAAAGGUUGGAGGCCGAGGAGAACUAUCAUUUUUGCCAGCUGGGAUGCAGAAGAAUUUGGCUUAUUAGGUUCCACUGAAUGGGCAGAGGAGAAUGCCAAAACCCUGCAGGCCAGGGCUGUGGCUUACAUCAACACGGAUUCUUCUAUAGAAGGCAACCACACCUUAAGAGUUGACUGCACGCCGCUCCUCAAUCAACUGGUAUAUAAUCUGACAAAAGAGAUCCCAAGUCCCGAUGAAGGGUACGGAAGCAAAUCUCUCUAUGAGAGCUGGCUUGAGAAGGACCCCUCCCCAGAAAGUAAGCAUCUGCCCAGGAUAAACAAACUUGGAUCUGGCAGUGAUUUUGAAGCCUAUUUCCAGCGGUUGGGGAUUGUGUCGGGCAGAGCACGGUACACUAAGAAUAGGAAAGCAGACAAAUUCAGUAACUAUCCCGUUUACCACACCACGUACGAGACCUUUGAAUUGGUUGAGCGGUUUUACGACCCUGCUUUCAGGAAACAGCUUGCCGUGGCCCAGCUGCGGGCCGCCUUGGUCUAUGAACUGGCUGACGCCCCGGUGCUUCCACUCCAUUGUCAAGAUUACGCGGAAGCUUUAAAGACCUACGCCGACGGGAUCUACGCCUUGGCCAAGGAACACAAAGCACAACUCGAGAUGUACGGGGUAUCCUUUGAUCCUCUCUUUUCUGCUGUGACUAAUUUCACAGAAGCAGGGGCUGAUUUUCAUGACAGACUGCUGCAGCUUGAUGAGAAUAACCCCAUUGCCGUGCGGAGCAUGAAUGAUCAGCUGAUGCUUCUGGAAAGAGCUUUCAUUGACCCUCUUGGUUUGCCGGGCAGGCCGUUUUACAGGCACGUCAUCUUUGCCCCAAGCAGUCGCAACAAGUACGCGGGAGUGUCCUUCCCCGGGAUCUACGACGCCUUGUUCGAUAUCGACAGCAGGACGGACCAACGCAAAGCUUGGGAGGAAGUGAAGAGGCAGGUCUCCAUUGCAGCCUUCACGGUGCAGGCCGCUGCGGGGACGCUAAAGGCUGCCAUCUAGGACAGCAGGAGCAGGAACGAGCAGAGCGUUUGCAUCACAUGGCCGUGAAGACAAAAAAUAAAUAAAUUACCCCUGCAGGGAGGUUGAUCAACAGCAGCACCAUGAUGACACUAUAUCCCAGGGGCCUUCAGAACUGAGGACCCGAAAGGCCCAUCGUGGCUGCCUGGAAGGGAUGGGAGGUUGCAGCCCUUCUCCACUACUCAAAUUCUGCUUUCCUCCUUUCUAGCCUUUAGCUUCAGCUUUCUUGAAUACUCAUCAAUAUCUCUCCUUCGACCCUCUGCCAAGUUGGAGUAAUGAAGCUGUAGUUCAGCCUUCCUCAACCUGCGGCACUCCAGAUGUGUUGGACUACAACUCCCAGAAUGCCCCAGCCAGCUCUGCUGGCUGGGGCAUUCUGGGAGAUGCAGUCCAACACAUCUGGAGCGCCCCAGGUUGAGGAAGGCUGCUAUAGUUGAACUGGGGUGGGGUGGAGGGUGAGAGGGCAAGUUCCUCAAUUCCUCGCUCCGCCAUGGAGUAUGAUGGGUGAAAUAUAGAGGUAAUCCUUAACGCUCAGCCUAACCAAGGGUUAGGCAACUUUUUAGGUUCCAUAAGCACAUUUGAUAUAUUGGGGGGCGGAGGGGGGGGGGAAGAGUCCUGAGCACCACCACAAAUUACUGUGGGAGAAACAUGUUGCCAACACCCUCUAAUCUGGAUUUUCACACGUUUUUAUCACCACCCCCCCAAGCCAUUUUUGACAGGGCACCUUUCCCUCUGUCUUUAUUAAAGUCAGUGGAUUGAGAUCUCACUCCAUAGACUUUAACAGAGGAGGGGAAAGUCCCCUGCCAUAGAACAGCUUGGGGGCGGGGGAGAGCCUAUGCUCAACAAAGACCCUUGGGGCCAGAGUGUCCUUGGAGGGGUGGGGUGCCCUCCCCAAGCCAUUUUUGGUGGAGUAGCCUUUCCCCCAUCUCUAUUAAAAGUCUAUAAUAGCGGUAGGGGAAAGCAUUACAGGCCUGGCAGGUGCCCACAGGUGCUGCGUUGCUGACUACAGGCCUAACCUACCUCAGGAGGUUGUUUGUGACUAAAAUGGUGGCGGUGGGGAGAGAAUUACAUGUGCCAUCCUGAGCCUCUUGAAAGAGGGGCAGGAUAAAAACGUAAUAAAAGAAAUAUGUACUUGGAGAA